UUGAAACGUAUAAUUGUCGGGAUAACGGGAGCGAGUGCCGUCAUCUACGGUGUGCGUCUAUUGGAGACUCUCACCCGAUGCGACGACUAUGAAAUCCACCUGACGAUUUCCGACUCAGGCGCAAGGGCGUUGUGGGAAGAACUGCAGCUCCGCGUAGAUCUGGACAAUUUCCGCCUUGAAUCCCUUAUCGGCUAUUCGUCAGAUCAGGUGAUUUAUCACCAUCAGUCCGACAUUGGGGCAUCGAUCGCCAGCGGUUCCUUCCGCACCGUGGGUAUGAUCGUUGCACCGUGCAGCAUGGGGACUAUCGGUUCGAUAGCGGCGGGCAUUUCUCGAAACCUCAUCCAGCGCGCCGCCGAUGUUUGCAUCAAGGAGCGGCGUAAAUUGGUUCUUGUGCCACGUGAAACGCCGCUCAGUCCCAUCCAUCUGGAAAACAUGCUCAAACUGUCCCAAAUGGGAGUAGUGGUGCUGCCUGCGAUGCCGGGUUUUUACCACUUCCCCAAGACGGUUGAUGAUAUGAUUAAUUUCGUCAUCACGAAGACCCUUGAUCAGUUUGACAUCGAUACAGACCUCAUCCAACGGUGGAAGGAAGAUCUUUAA